AUGCAGGAUGUGAACGAUGAUAUCACAACAGGCGAUGCAGCAACUUUCACCCGCCAUCCCCGAGAUUCAGGCCGCGCAGACCUCGAUCCCAGUUUUCCUCCUAUCCCUGACUGCGAGAUCUCAUUGACAAAUGCAGAGGCCUGGGCGAUCGGUGACAUUUCCGGCCCCCUCGACCGGAAACGUUCCUCACUAUCCACAUUUCAACAGUUCACAGGCCGUCCUCUCGUCCAGCUGAAGCAAACGGCGUACCCACUGCAACCGACUUUUGCCCCUCUACGCACACCUCCCCCUACUUCUUUCCCCCACCAUACAUCCGAAUUCAGUCAAGUGUAUCAUGGCGGAGCAGGACAGCCGGGACUAGAUCAUGUGUCUCAUUCUCCCCCAUCUGUUGUCGCGUCCCCUCAACGCCCGACGCCCACAUCCCCAGAUGGAUUUGCUUACACAGGACUUAGACCCAGUGUUGGCGCUGUCCAUCAACUUUCCACCGACUUCGAUGCUCGCACCACACAAUCCAUUCCGCCCGUAAGCAUCCCUGGACUCUCAUAUGCAGCGUCGGAAAUGGUCCCCCUUGGCCUUCCCUCAUCACGUCUCCAAGUAAACCCCUCACGGGACGAAAGAGGCGUUUCGCUAUUGGCCAAUGGGUGGCAGAUGAUUUUUCCUGCGCGAGCCAACGUGAUUGUCAUUGGAGCAGGUUCUUCAUCCUUAUACCUCCUACGAUGUCUCUGCAGCCUCAUACGAUCUCACAAGACGCUACUGACCCUCCCCGGAACCGAAGUAGAGGAAGGCGAGGUCGCUCUCGAGCUGCUUACAGACAUCCUUCCACCUCUCGGAGUACCUCCACCACCCGGCAUCCUUCCACCUCGCGCCGAACUCACAGACAAUCACGCAGAAGGAACACAGGCAGAAAAUCUGUACCUUCAUCACAGCCACCACAUAGGCAUCAUUCCCAGCCAGUUGUGGGACACUCUAGUGAAUUCUCCCGUUCGCGCGGUCAAGUACGUUUCCAGCCAGAGGGAGCGAGUUUACCGACCCCCCAGGCUCAGUCAGCUCGUCACAAUCACGGCUCGUCGAGUAGAACAAUUGUUAACGUCAACACCGCUUCGCAUCCGAAGCAUACUAGUGCCGGUAUUCGGUCGCAUCGGAAUUCAUCGACGACAAACCUUAGAAAAUCGACUCCAGUACCAGCGAAAACAGGACAAGGUCGUCAACGCUCUCAGAACCGAGAUAGAAUUCGUACCUGGUCCUCUGAAUCUAAGGGUUGUUCAAGAACGCCGUCAAACCGCAUUCGUUUUGGGAGACCAGAGUUAG